AUGUAUUCAGGCUUCACCCUCAAAAACGGUGGAUCAUACUCUUCCCAUGAUCUAUUAACCACGACGGAUGCUAUCCAAGUCUGGAAGCAAUACUGCGAAGCGAAUUUCCCUCAAUUUCCUCUUCCCGCUAUGACCACCUGCCCUUCGCCAGACGUUGUCGGCGCCAUUCGACCAGUUUUCCACCAUCGAUUGUGCGAUAGUUUCAAUAACUGUCUCGGAGGCGAGGAUGAAGGAAGCGAGAUUGUGAGAUGCGAAACUGACUUGAAUGAAAAUGGAUGCUGCGCGUCCAUCUAUUCAAGUCUCUUUGGACAGACUUGUGUGUCGAAUGGACUUGUCAACGAUAAGCAGAGCUAUCUCUGCCCGAAUGGUCAUUCACUCAGAUGGAGCACAAGCGGCGGUUGGACAUAUUAUUCCACCGAAACAGGCUUUAGCCGCUACUCAUACUCAGGAAUCUCUUUUGGCGACACAUCAGGAACUUGCGUUCAUUCGGAAGUUCUAGAGGCUACUUUUGUUUGGCAAUUGAACAAUAUGCAGUUGAGCUGCCUUAGGAACGGCGAAAAAACACUGCUGCCGUGCGCAAACAGCACAUGCAAUUUUGAAGUGGCAACCUGCGAGAACAAUGCCGAAGAAACUGGAUUCACGUGUAUUUGUAAAGAUGAAUUUCCGGGCUGCGAUUCUGGAAACCCGAACACAACAACAACAACGACGACUACUACAACAACCGCUUCGACAACUACUCUUGGAAGCGGCUCGAUGACCAACACAGGCAACAUCGACAUCUACACUCACGAUUGGAUCAAUACCCCGACCAUCUAUCCCGACUGUCCAACCAACCAUAACAAUGACAGUAUAGUUGAUCCAUGGGAGACUGUUGAAUCCGAAUGGAUUCCAGCACCUUCAAACGGAUUCAUGAACUUACUGAACACGGCAGCUGCAGAUGGCGUUUGUGGAGCAUCAGGUCUUUCCGGCUGCACACGAGAAGAAAAUUACCCUGGUGCCUUCUUGGCUCGACGAAGAAACCGGAAAAAUAAGCGAAAAAACAAAGGAAAAAUGGAUGACAAAAUUGUGGGAGGAGUCACUGCCGAAGAAAAUCAGUGGCCUUGGAUAGCGAGACUGUCGCUUCGAGACGCGAGCGGCGCUACAUAUUUGUGUGGCGGAACUGUUAUCGACAAUAACUGGGUCUUGAGCGCCGCUCACUGUUGUCAAGGAAUGUCCACAAUCACUGCCACUUUCAGUGAUCUUACUAAAUCUACCAGCGAGACGAAUGAAUUCACCUUAGUUGCGCAUCAUUUCGAAAUCCAUCCAGAAUAUUCUGGAAGCGGAUAUGAUCUGUGUCUUAUUCAUUUCAUGGAAGACAUCGUUUCAGAAGACGUCGAUGGUGACGUCGAGCUCGCAUGCAUUACUGAUGCUCUUCCUGAGCACGGAUCAGCCUGUUGGGUUGCUGGAUGGGGAACAACUUCUUUCGGUGGCAACACUUCAAACAAUCUUUUGCAAGCUGGCGUAAACAUCUUCAGCAAUGAAUACUGUCUUGCGAAUUCUGCCAUCAAUUCACUCGAGCCUGAUGACAUUUGCGCUGGUGUCCCUGACUUAAAUGGGGAUGGACAAACCGAUGGAGGUGUUGAUGCUUGCCAAGGAGACUCAGGAGGUCCUUUGAUCUGCAAUUAUAACGGAAAAGCAACACUCGUUGGAGCAGUCUCUCGAGGAACUGGGUGCGCGUAUCAGAAUUUCCCUGGUUUGUAUUCGUCUAUAAACGGAUCAUACAAUUGGAUUCAAACGAGAAUACAAUCGUUUAUUACAACAACGACCACAACGACAACUACUACAACUACUUCAACAACAACUACAACAACAACCACUACAACAACGACGACGACUCUUGGAACUGGCUCAAUCAUUAAUAACGGGACAAUCAGCCUCUUUACUCAUGACUGGAUCAAUACACCAAUUAUUUACCCUGAUUGCCCAACAAACUACGAUAGCGACAACGUUAUUGAAGAUUGGGAGACUGUUGAGAGUGAAUGGAUUCCAGCUCCAAAGGAUGGCGUGGUCAAUUUACUUAACACUGUGUUCUACUACAACUACAACUUCUACAACAACGACAACCACGACAACAACUACCACUACCGAAACAACGACGACAACGAAAACAACAACAUCUACAACUUCCACCACAACCACAUCAACGACUACCACCUCGACGACUACAACAACCACAUCAACGACUACAACAUCAACGACUACCACUUCAACGACUACAACAACCACAUCAACGACUACAACAACUACAUCAACGACUACCACAUCAACGACUACCACUUCAAUGACUACAACAACCACAUCAACGACUACCACAUCAACGACUACAACAACUACAUCAACGACUACCACAACUACAUCAACAACAACCACAUCAACGACUACAACAUCAACGACUACCACUUCAACGACUACAACAACCACAUCAACGACUACAACAACUACAUCAACGACUACCACAUCAACGACUACCACUUCAACGACUACAACAACCACAUCAACGACUACAACAACUACAUCAACGACUACCACAUCAACGACUACCACUUCAAUGACUACAACAACCACAUCAACGACUACCACAUCAACGACUACAACAACUACAUCAACGACUACCACAACUACAUCAACGACUACCACAUCAACGACUACAACAACUACAUCAACGACUACCACAACUACAUCAACGACUACCACAUCAACGACUACAACAACUACAUCAACGACUACCACAACUACAUCAACGACUACCACAACUACAUCAACGACUACCACAUCAACGACUACAACAACUACAUCAACGACUACCACAACUACAUCAACGACUACCACAUCAACGACUACAACAACCACAUCAACGACUACAACAACUACAUCAACGACUACCACAUCAACGACUACAACAACUACAUCAACGACUACCACAUCAACGACUACAACAACCACAUCAACGACUACAACAACUACAUCAACGACUACCACAUCAACGACUACAACAACUACAUCCACGACUACCACAUCAACGACUACCACUUCGACGACUACAACAACCACAUCAACGACUACCACAUCAACGACAACAACAACUACAUCAACGACUACCACAUCAACGACUACCACUUCAACGACUACGACGAACACAUCAACGACUGCCACUUCGACGACUACAACAACCACAUCAACGACUACAACAUCAACGACUACCACAUCAACGACUACAACAACCACAUCAACGACUACAACAUCAACGACUACAACAACUACAUCAACGACUACCACAACUACAUCAACGACAACCACAUCAACGACUACAACAUCAACGACUACAACAACUACAUCAACGACUACCACAUCAACGACUACCACUUCAACGACUACAACAACCACAACAAGAACUACAACGACGACCACAACAACAACGACAACUACCACUACAACUACUACCACAACCACGAUCAGUUCGACUCCUGCUCCUUGUCUCUUGUCCGACAUUUUUGGCAAGGUCGAUCUGGCUCGUCUAUCAUCCUCGACAGCUCCGACGCUCUUCUGAUUUCUAGUAAAUUCAAAAGCCAACUUCAGGGUAAAUCCCCCGAUACACGAUCCGCACAAUACGUUGGCUUCCUCGCUUUCCAAAGAUCCGCUUGCGGAGAUGACUUUAUGUUCAAACUCGUUAAUGGUGACCUGAGCAUCACUAUCGUCGAUUUCGAACCCGUCUAUGAGAUCCUCAGUUAUGGCACUAAAUCUGACGGUAGUGCCGCUGGAUUUUCUUUCCAUCUUACCGAAGUCACUGAGACAAACUAUCCUUUCACCGUGAACAAGCGUGGAGACAUCCGAAAGAAUAUGAAAUACGAUCAAGUAAACGUCCUGUUUAACAAUCUGACUGGUAUUGCCUGGGCGACCAACCGCGAAGACUGCCUUUUGACCGCUGUCAAAGCUACUGCAGAAACAUGGGACAACCAAUUCGACCAAAACUCGAUGCAAUGCGUCCUCGAUGCGAAAACAUUCAUUUAA